AUGUUUUAUUCGGGUAUCCUGACAGAGCCGAGUAGAAAAGAAGUGGAGAUCAGGGAAGCAGCAUCUCUCCGCCAGCAGAGGAGGAUGAAGCAGGCAGUUCAGUUUAUUCACAAGGAUUCUGCAGAUCUCCUCCCUCUGGAUGGGCUGAAGAAGCUGGGGACUUCAAAAGAUACUCAACCACAUAAUAUCCUGCAGAGGCGCCUGAUGGAGACCAAUUUAUCAAAAUUACGAAGCAGCCGGGGCAGCUGGACUCUGAAGAGUGAUAUCUCAGCACAGAACACCAAGCUGAAUCAAACCAAACUGGGCAGCUCUGAUAAAACGGAGGACGAGGAACUCAUAGUGGUGAGCUGCCAGUGCGCAGGAAAGGAGCUGAAGGCUGUGGUGGACACCGGCUCACAGCACAACCUCAUGUCUUCUGCCUGCCUGGACAGGCUAGGGUUAAAGGAGCAUCUCAAGGCACUCCCCGGUGAGGAUGAGAUGGUUUCGUUGCCGUGCAAGGCGAGGGCGAUCGGCCAGAUCGAGUGCCUCGCCCUGACAGUGGGAGCGGUCCCUGUGGAGUGCACUGUCCUUGUCGUGGAAGACAAUGACAAGCCCUUCUCCUUUGGACUGCAGACACUGAAAUCUCUGAAGUGUGUGAUAAACAUGGAGAAGCACCAUCUUGUUCUGGGGAAGACGGGCAGGGAAGAAAUCCCGUUUGUGGGCAGUGGCAGCGCGGUGGCAGGAGAACAUUUGGAGGCAUAA